AAUGGAUGAAGGAAUCUAUAUUAAAUAAGUGAUUUUAAAUGACGGAAUAGAAAUCUCUAAUUAGUAACAAAUAAAAAACUAUUGUAAUUAGAAUAAUGGAAUCAAAUGUAAAUGAGGAAUCUCUAGAACACUUAUAUAAUUCCAUGAUUUUGUUUUAAUCAAUAAAUGGAUAGAGUGAUUAUAUUUCAAACGAUUCAAAAAAAAUAAAACUCAACGAUCUCAGGUAUAAUCAUUAAUUUUUUAAGAAACUUAUUAGAUUUUCUCUCUCAGAAGAUAAAAAGAUUCUAGAAUUAGUUUAAUAAGUUGGUCCGAAUUUUAAUAAUAUAGUAAAAUAUUUUCCAGGAAAGACUAUGAAUAUGAUAAAAAAUAGAUAUUAUAAAAAGUUAAGAUACAUUAAGGAUGAUUAUUUGAAUGAAAAUGAAAAGGUUAGAGGUGUUCGAAAACAAAGAAAGAUAAAUUGAGAGAGCU